AUGAGCCAAGGGUGCUCGACUGGUCCUGAAUUUGAUGAAGGCCUUGGAUCGAACGAAAACCAAAAUUUCACCGAAAAUACCCCAGAAAAGUCGUGGGACGCAUCCACUGCCAUAGACGCCGCGUGGAUCACCGACUUGGGACUCAGUCCUGUCGUCCUCGAGCAUCUUCUAGACAGGUUUCGUGGUAUGGCGUCUUACUUUCCAUUUGUACGGCUCUCAUACGCCUGGACUGCGGCAUCAAUGGCUGCAAACCGCCCCUUCCUAUUGCUUGCAGCUAUUACUGCUGCUUCCUCAAAUUCCCAUAUGGCUAUCGGAGGCACCGGCAAGCUGACCAAUACCAGGUUUCAUUUUCACUUUGUUCCAGGAAGUCAACAAACCUAUCAGUACUUACAAAUCGCAAUUAGCAUGGUGAUUGAUCUUCGUCUCGAUCAGGAGGCUACCGACUUUCUUGAGCAGCGAACCGAGCUGAGCGAUACUUAUAUACGGGAAGCAUGCCCAAUGUCUUCGGGGAAGCCAAACAAUCUCCAAUUUCACGAGGGCAUGCUUCAAUGCGCUAUGGUGCUGCAACAGCAGCCAGAAUUAGAAACAGAUCUCUUGAUAUAUCCAUUGACGAAGGUUCUACAGUUCGUCGAGGAAGUCUGUGAGACUUACCAGUCAGAAGGCAUCAAUUGCCCUCGGCUGUACAUCUAUGCUGAACGAUUCACGACGCGGCUAGAAGAAUGGUGGUCGUCUCUAUCGACUGAUCUUCGCAACACAGUAUUGCUGAUAAACUGUUAUCAUGGUGCCAAGAUCCGGAUUCAAGAAAUGGGAUUGGUAUAUUGCUACGGGCAGAGAAGACCGCCGUCUUCAAAGGUGCAGGAAGAUUCCACCAUUUUAACUGCACCUUCGAUGGUCAUCAGCAACUUACUCAAAUGCGUCAGCUCUACAAAAGAAUACCUUGAUUCGUUUUUGGCCAUCCCCGCGGCGGAGCACAAUACCUUGCCGUUUUCCACGUGGUAUCACGUUAUUUUGACAGUAUUUGUGCUGUACAGGUUAUCUGUGGGACUGCCAGAAAUACCCGAAUGGGACGUGGAAAUUGCACAGCAAACUGUGGAUCUACAAGGAUACCUUAAUGCGCUGUUGUCUCAUCUACAGGCUAUUAAGCCAUCGCCAGACAGGCAAAUACCCACCAACAACCUCUUUGCAAUGCUGCCCGAGAUCAUAGAAAGCGUACAAGCUUCCUAUGCAUUAGCAAAAGAGAAUAUCGCACAAGUUCGUGAUAGUCGCCGUGCUCCUCACGAGCUCAAGGCUUCGAAUAAUACAGUCUCAUCUGUUCAAAGGCUGCACCGCUGCCCUGCAUUGAGGUAUUCGAGCCGCCACGCUGUCCAGGUUCCGACUCAACCCACGCUACGAAAUGCUAUUGCUACCGAAGUCCAGAGGAUAGAAGAUGAGAAGCUUUUGGGUGAUCUUUUACUGAUGGAUACGUUUUCUAGCAUGACAGGUUCAUUAUCUGGAGAGCUUUGA